AUGGCCGAACUCCUUCACAAACAAUAUGGUGUUACCGUGUCACGAUCAACAAUCAGUAGAACGCUGAAACGAGUCGGCUGGACCAAGAAGGUGGUCCAGAACAUUGCCAAAGAGCGUAGUCCAGAUCUACGAGAUGAUUACAUCGAGCGGCGGUCUCAUUAUAAGCUCGACCAGAUGGUUUUCAUCGAUGAAAGUGGAGACGACCGCGGUCUCGCGAUACUUGCACGUGGCUACGCUCCGAAGGGAGUGACUCCGGUGCAGACCAAGCGUUUCCAUCGAGGAAAGAGAGUGCAAAUCUUACCAGCAUACACCAUAGACGGAGUGAUUUACUGCGAGGUAUAUGAAGAUAAUACGGAUGUCAACGUGAUUGAGGCGUUCCUGGAAAAUCUUCUGCCGUACUGUGGUAGGUAUCCAGAACCAAAAUCCCCGGGCGAGAAGAUUUUGCAAGAGCUCAUGAAGGAAGUGGAUUAUCGACAGGACCGCUUCAAUUCGGACUGCAUCCUCAACGACUUGUGUGGAGUUGCAUUCCUGCUACAGACCUUUAAAGAUGAUUCGUUCGUCAGCUACAGAGACGAGAGCGGUGUUAAUUGUAUCGCCCUAGCCGCAGUUGAAGGUCAUGGCCAGAUGAUCCAGUUCCUCCACGACAAAGGUGGCGACCUCAAUAAUUCUGACAAUCGUGGGCGGACGCCACUGAUGGAGGCCGCGCUCUGGGGCCGCGUGAAAGCCGUUGACAUCCUGCUCGAGCGCGAUGCCGAUACACGCGCAAAAGACCGUAAGGGGCGCCGCGCUUACUUUUAUUCGAGACCUUCGAAAAAGACGGCGAGGAUGCGAGAAAGGCUUGGCUGUAGUCAAGAGAAGAGCGACGCCGAAGGCAACCGCAGGAUUAUUGCUGUCAAGCUCGAGGUCUUUGAGCCCGUUCCGACCGCCGGGGAAACUUUGCGCUCAGCCUCACCGGAUGAGCUCAAACUUGGUCGCUUUAUCACGGAGACCACUGACUGGGGCACCAGAUCGGUUAUUACGAGCGGAGUGUCUCAUACGGUGUGCCGGAUACCUUCAAGGCGGUAG